UGCCUUACAUGUACUGUACGAGUCCCAAAUUACGUCAGGGAAGCUUGUCUUGCAGUCUUGGAAUUUUUUCACCUACGAGACCAAUGGAAGGUCGUCGCGCUUCGAAGCGAGUUUGUAGGCCUAUCGCCGAUCCUGAAAUGCUCGAUUUGGAGUACGUGGACUGUGACGGGGAUGAAGAGGAAGAGUUCGGAGUCGCUGCUGGUCCUGACCAGCGCGAUGAUGACUCUGAUUGGGACGAUGAGGUUCAGCGUCGAAUUGACGCCCAGGCUGCAGUCCUGGAGGCUGAAGAGUCCGAUCAGGAAAAGGACAAGUCCACGGAUGACGAGUCGGGUGUAACAGGACCAGAGGAAGAGGAGGGUGGUGAUGAUGGGUUUGCGGACUUGCUCGCAGCCGACGUCCCUGGACCAAGUGCAGCGACUGUUCAACCACGGCGACGUAAACGGGCACGGCAACGUGCUCGUCAGCCAGUAGAGGAGGAGUGGGUGGCUCCAUUCUACCAUCCAGACCCGAACAAGAGCCAUGACUUCUGCUUCCCUAAUGUGCCUCUGCCGAAGGGCAGAAGAAGGCCGUGGGAUGCAGAAGAACGAAGGCUGAUUGGUCUUGGUCUCCAUCAUCCUGAUUGCUGUGAUACGGAUGGGGGUCUGGAGUGUCAGAAUUGCGAUUUCGAACCUACCAGAAAUCCAGGCCCCCAGCUUCCAGCAGGUAUGGUGGGACCAUCGCCGAUCGACUUGUUUCGUGUCUUUUUCCCAGAUGCCGUCCUCCAGGAUAUCGCUCGACAUACCAACACAAAGGGGCGAUAUCGUGCUGAGUCUUUGAACUGCCAGUGGUAGCACGACACCUACCCACAGGAGCUGGAGGCCUUGUUUGGCCUCCUCUUGGGCAUGGGAAUUGUCCGGUUG